CCAGCCACUUGUCAACCCACCAAUUCGGCCUCAUCAAGAUGUCCAGAUCGAUAUCUCGUGUUUCGGCUCUCAUCAAGCAUAACCGAUCAGCGGCUGGAAGGAACUCGUUGAUCCUAACCACCCCCUCCCUGCGGAACGGCUCCAGUCAUGCUAGUCAUGCCCACUACGGACCGGAGUACGAAACUCAUGAAGGAUUUGGUAAUUCAUUAUUCCUGGCGACUGGGGUCGGAAUCGUCGCAUUAGCCUUGUACCACACCUUUGUUCCGUCAACAUCCGAAAAUGAGCAACGGCUUCUGACUCGUCACUUGGCCCAGUAUUUUUGUCGUGACCCCGAUGAGCUGAAAAAAAUUGACGCCCAUAAUAUGGCUGUUGUUUUCGACGCUGCUGACAAAGCAUACUUCAAAGCAUCACUUGAGCGCCCUUCAAUAAGACGCAUGGCCAACUCUGGUAACUUUGGCAUCGCGUCUCCCUACGGCGUCGUUCCCGGUACUUCAACUGACUUGUCAGACCUUAGGAUCAAGUCCUAUCGUGAUGACUUGCGUAGCCCAGAAGAUGCCUCAGAUUCUCACGACCAGCCUAAUUGAAUCGCAUAGAGAGUUGUAAAUUAUUUCUAGCGUACAUUUUUGGUUGUGGCUGAGACCUUUCUCAGAAAUCCAAUCGAACUGUAUCAUCGAACUGGGUGACCGAGCUCGUAACUAAUAGAUUGGCCAAGGUUGUGAAGUUUUUGGCAUGCUCCACAAGAGGCUUCUAGAAAAUAAGAAAAGGGGGAAACAAUGUGUCACCUCAUGCAUCUCGACUGUUUCUGAUGCAAUCUUGUAGUGCGAAGCUGCUCAUCAUGAAAAUGUUGUUCCAUCAGUACUAAAAUUUCAGUGAAAUUGCAAAAAGAUACCCAUUGAUUUUAUCCAAAAGAGUGGUCCUGCAAAAAAG